AUGCUGGAAUGGAGCUCCGAGGGCAUGGCAAGUACGCGCCGCGCUGACGGCACGCUGCGGUGCGCGACCACACACCUCACAGUUUUCGGGGCCAUACUGAAGGGCUUCGUGAGCUCGCUCGAGUGUAGCCAGGCCAGCCUGCUGUCAGCAGAGUCCUACGUGGAGUUGUGGACUGGCGGCUGGUUGGACUCCGCGGGCUCGGUGUUGCUGCAGUGUGUGAUGUUGUUGUACAUCGCCAUGCUGUUGACCGCGCACGCGUGCGACGUCAGGGACGAGCGGGCGGGCCGCUGGGGCACGAGGGAGUUCGUCGUUCCCGAGCUCGCGCGGGAACCCGUCGCCUGCCCGACGACGCGGGCGGACGGAUACCACACCGAGACGACGGGCGCGCCCCCGGUGACCCUGCUCGGUGCCGAGCGCGCAAACGUCACGGAGGUUCUGCGCAAGCAUUUCUGUUUGGAAAGUUCGAGCUGCAGCGCCGUGGGUGCCGAGGACCGCGCCGCGGCGGGCGCGCCUCGGACAGUUCCGCGCGGCGCCGAUCACACGCCCGUUACGGAGGCGUUGCGCAAGGAGUUCUGCAAGAAAAGGUCAGACGGCAGCGUCGCGAGCAGUCAGAGCAGUCAAUGCCACGCGGUGGCAGCUACAUCGUCAAGGGCCAGCUAUACAACCGCCGUGGGGUCGUUGCAGUCUGCCCGCCAGGCGGUCCAGCAGGACACAAAGGCGUCUUGCGAGGAGCUGUUGCAGGGCGCGCUCUUGGAAGUCGUCAGCAUCGUCACCAAGUGCGUCGACGGCAUCCGGCAAACCGUCGAGGUGUUUGUCAGUUUCGUGUGGGAACUUCUCAGGGGCAACUUCGGCCUCAAGGAUCUGGCCAAAACGCUGGCCGAGUGGAACGCGACGAAUCGGGUGUGCGCGUCUCUGCUCAUGCACCCCAGAGAUGUGGACUUCCUGCUCAGCCCAGAGGUCCAGAAGGAGCUGGAGCCCCCGGCGCCGGGCGAGCUGGACAGUGAGGGCGCUGCGCUGCGCACCCUCGCUGGCUCCGCUGCCGAGGGCGGCGUCGCCGAGGCCAAACGGCGGCACGACAUGCUGGCCGAGAUGGUCGGCAGGGUGCGGGCGGCCCGUGAGAGCGCGCUGCGGCGUCGCCGCUCGCGGUGCCACGCGGCUCGCACGUUGAUGCUAUCGUUCCUGAUCAACUGUCCCGUCGGGGCGGUCUUUGUGCGAAGCAUCAUCAUGAGGAGAUCCAUGAGGGUACUGCUGCUCGGCUGCGAGCUGACGGGGGCCGUGAUGAUCGCUACGUUCUUCUUCGCGAGUACGGGGGGGGCUCUGGCGAAGGACUCGCCCGAGGAGUGCAACGCGGAGUGUGACGACCGUGACGACGAUUGCAUGUGGCAGGCGCUUGGAAAGUUGAUCGCAGUCGGUAUGGUCUCUGCGCUCUUGGCGAGCAUCCCUCUAUCCAUCAUCAAACUGGCGCACCAGCGUCACUUCGUGCGAGUUCCAACGGAGGGAUGUCGAGAGUGGGAGCUGCAGCUAGGGAGAUGGCGCAGGCGGGACGCCCUCGUCUACGUGCUGGGCACGCUGUACAGCCUCUUCGCCAUAAACUACGUCGCCCUCUUCUUCGCAAACGUCUCCUCCAAUGACCACCUGGAUCUGAUCAGCUCUGCUGGCGUCUCCUUCGCGCAGGGGCACCUCCUCUUCCCACUGCUGUGGGCUUUCGUGGUAACCAGCCUGGCACUGUGCGUGUGA